AUGGACGCCUUGUCGUCAUCAUAUGUUAGAAAACCUGGACCCAGCCGACAGCCGGACGCUCCACCGUCAUACAAAGAUGUGAUGCAACCGGCGGAUGCUAAGGAGAUGAUACCACUCACAGCGCACCCGGAACCUAUCGUAACCCAGCCGUCGACGGAUAGUACCGAUGUUAUCUUAAAGAUCGACCCUCCUGGUGCUCCGGGUGACAUGGAUCCCGCUGAUCAGGAGAGGUGUUGCGCAUUUCGCUCGAUUUUCGUGGUAUUAAUAGUUGUGGGCGUCGGGUUAUGUGCGUGGGACACCGAUUAUCGCCGGUAUCGCGGGAGUGACGAGUUCAUACCGGAUAAAAUAACUGAGGCCCGGGACAAGGAGGCUUAUCAACGGACGGGGGUCGGUGGGAUUCUGCUGGGAAUCGGUAUGCUUGGCUAUCUCAUUGAUGCUAUGGCGACCAACUGUGCGAAAAUUAUAUUCUGCGGUCCCAAGCGCUUGGAGCAGCAGUUGAAAAAGGUUGAACAAGGCAAACCGAAACUUACGUGGCAAAUAAAAUGCUUCCAUCGAGAUAUUAAAACCCGGGUUAUUGACGACCCGGAAACCGGCCCACGAACCGAAACCCGGACCAAAAUUUUCACGACCUGGAGUGGCACCCGGGAAUUCCAGUUCAAUUCCUGGUCAGAUGAAACACCCGACCAAACCGGCCAACUCAGCGGCAUCUGCCAUAUUCGUUUCCAGAAGAACUUCGUCUUAGCGGAUGCGGGAACCAAGGAAGCGUUUAAUGCUCAGAAGCAGGCAUUCAUCAAUGCCAACAAAGACCGCGAUAAGGAGUACACCAUCCAGGACAUCUUUGAGAUCGAGGGCUAUCUGCAUAAACUGACUGUGCGGACAACGCGUGGAGGAUGGUGGUGCUGCACGUAUCUGUUCUUGGUAGCGUCAUUCCUCCUGUAUCCCUGGUUAUGCUGCUGGUCGCGUUGCUGGAAUCCCGUGGAGUACACUCUUACUAAAAAAUUAUCAGUGUAG